AUGGUCCACCCCACUACCACCUGCUGCAAGACCUCCCAAGACGGCUCCUGCGUCUGUGCCGCCCAGGCGAUGUGCUCCUGUGGCAAGCAGAGCGCUCUCCACUGCAGCUGCAGCAAAGCUUCAUCCGAGAACACCGUAUCUGGUCCCCGCUGCUCAUGCCGCGCUCGUCCAGCUGGCCAGUGCACCUGUGAGCGCUCAGUGACCGAGAACAAGCCUAUCGCUGGUGCGGCCUGUGCCUGUGGCAGCCGUCCCGAGGCUUCCUGCACCUGUGAGAAGGCUGCUGCUAUUGAUUCCGCCCUCGAGGUUGACUUCACUGGCAGUGCUUAA